AUGCCAUCUCAUAAGGAGGGGAAGAGACCCCCCGUGCCCAAAUUCUCCUCCUUCAAGCCGAAGCUUGCUAGCCCCCCUCCCAACCGGAGGGUGGAGACGGGCGGCGAGUCGAGCCAAGUCGGACGUGAUGAGCAUCCGAUCGCCAACAGGAGCCACUCGCGUGCGCGAGAUCGCCGUCGCCCAGCUGCAGAUGCAUCUCACAAGCCUGAUACGAGCCAGCUUGACGUUCCACACAGACCAACUCCGCAGCAGCCCGAGUUGAGUGACUUGUACGUCGUCGAUAAGCGAGGUGACUCCUUAAUCAGAAGGUAUGGCAGCAACGAUCGCCGUCGUGUGCCUGAAUACAGGCGCUUUGGAUCCGGCCGCAUCCUUGGAGCUGUGGGAUUCAUGAGAGUCGACAGGUCAGGGAACCAAGAAGAGUUCUUCUUUCGGGGCUACUCCGACACUGGCUCGCUGCUCAGCAGCGACAGGAAAACCCUCCUGGCAAGAGGCAUUCGCCCAAAGUCGCAACCUAUCAGAGUAAGGCGGGAGCAGUCGCAGACAGCCGCCGAGACAGAGGACUAUCUCCCUUUACGGAAUUCGAGAAAACGGAAGCGGGAUGGCAACGCCUCAGAGUCAUCAGGCGAAGAAGGGCCCUCCUACAGAUCCAUACAUGGGAGAAGCCGGCAUCACGAACAUUCCGACAGCGAUGAACUGUAUGGCAGUGACUCGUCAGCAGAUGAGAUGGACCGUAGUGCGGAUGACCCAAUCACCAUGAGAUCUGUCGACCUAUCUAGGAAAGUACGGGAACAUCCAGAAAAUAUUGAUUCUUGGUUUGAACUGGUUGAUCACCAGGACACCCUCCUUCAAGUCCAGAGCAGUGGUCGUAGCCCGACUGUUGCUGAGAUCAAAAGUUAUGCUGAUAUUAAGCUGUCCUUGCUCCAGCAAGCUCUGUCACAAGCCAAGGACGAUUCGCUACGCGAGAAGUUGAGCUUGAAAAUAAUGCGUGAGGGCGCUCAAAUCUGGGAUCCCAAGACGACGUCAAAGCGUUGGGAAGACGCUAUGUUGAAAUAUCCAAAGAGCUUCAACAUAUGGAAGGCAUACGUGAACUUUCGGCAGACAUCGCUGUCAACGUUUCACUACGACGGCAUAAAGCAGCUCUACGUUGACCGGAUGCGAGUUUUAGGCAAAGACAUAUCAGAGCUUCCACCGACUGCGGAUAAUACCCAGCCUUGCGAGGACAUCAUCUAUGUCUUCCUGAGACUGACACGCUUCAUCGCAGAUGCCGGCUUCGCCGAACUAGCAACGGCAGCAUGGCAAGCUUCGCUGGAGCUUAGCUUUGCGCGGCCUCCCGGUUUAUCACAACCCCUGGCAUGUGAAGCACCUUCCAAUUUUCAGGGGUUCUGGGAAAGCGAGGUCCCGCGAAUAGGGGAAGAUCAGGCUCAGGGAUGGGCUACCUUCGAGAGGAACGGCGGUGUUCAAGAUCCGCCUGACCCUAAAACUGCUGGUGUAACUGUAUCUCCUGCUACUCGAGACGGAUACAAAGCAUGGUCCAUGGUAGAGCAGCAACACGCUCGAAAUGCCACGAUACCCGCUCGUACUUUGGAUGACGGGGCUGAAGAUGACCCUUUUCGCGUGGUCAUGUUCGCAGACAUACAGGAGAUCCUAUUAUGUCUUCCGUUCGGAACUGUUCCCAGAAUUCAACGGCAAUUACUGGAUGCAUUCCUUAUUUUUUGCCAGCUGCCACCUGCAUACUGCACUGACAAUGUCAUUCACGAGAUGAUCAAUGACGGUUUCCUUGUCCGCAGUCCGGUCGGGAAUCUGAUCCCAGAGGUGUCUCCCGAAAAAGAAGCACUUGACUCAAUCUCCGAUCAGCAGGUGAGAAAGCCACCGGAGUUUUUGUUCAACUACCAGUGCAUGAGCAAAACACCAGAUGUGUUAUUUUCAUCCUCUCCAUGGUUCAGAUACCUGCGACAAAUCCAAGGGACCAUUCCCUCCGACCAGUACCUAUGGAUCUUAACCACGUUGAAGCAACUGAGUCGCACCUUUGGGGUCAAAGAACUCGGCCCGUAUGUCCUAGCCUUCGAGUCUAUCAACGAACCUGGAAACGAGAAGAAAAGUGCGAAACUACUCCUCAAGCAGGAUUCUACGAAUAUCGAUCUGUACCUGGGAUAUUCCAUUCUCGAACGGGGCAAGGACAACAAAGCCGCUGCUCGCAACGUUGUUUCAGCCGCCAUGGGGCUGUCAGCCAUCUCGAGUCACGAUCGGUUCCGCUUAGGCAUAUUCGCGGCAUGGCUGGAACUCGAGGAUCGCGAGUUGGUCAGAAGCACCUUACGCGUAUGCCUCCUAGCUGAAGAGAACUUCUCGACAACAUCUAUACCGGAAGGUACAGUUGUCUCUUCAGCUCAGAUACUGAAGGCAAGGCAAGUGCUAGCUUCAAAUCAGGAUUAUUUGGUGUCCUCGGGUGAUCUAGCGAACGCUGUUGUAUACGCGGAGGGUCUAGCCUUGCUCGAAUAUUUGACCGGACAAAGCGGCAAAGAACCCAUUUCAGGAAGUCAGGGGGAUAUCUGGUCGGCCAUGUCCAGCGUCUCAAACUGCUCGAGCGGCUUCGUAUCUCGUGGUCAUGGGAGCACUGGAGAGCACGAAAAGUUACUCCAAUUCGCGGCACGGUUGCUCUACUACCACGCCAGUCAUGGCCCUUUCAGGUCGGGCUUCCUCCGUGAACAGCUGACACAGUAUAUCAACUUCUUCCCGCAGAACACCAUCUUCCUCAGCCUCUUUGCAUGGAGGGAAGAGCGCCUUAGUAUAGACGACAGGGUCCGGUCCCUGCUGAACAAGGUGGUCCUCGUCGAAUCGCACGCAUGUAUCGGCAGCCACGCGUUCGCCAUCCGCCACGAGUUGCAGACAGGAAACGCACAUUCCACCCGCGCAGCCUUCGAACACGCCGUUGCCAGUAAGGCGUGCAAGAACCAUCCUGGCCUGUGGAUAUCGUACAUCCGCUUCUGCCAUGACCGGAAGGAGUUGAGAGAAAAGGCGAAAAGCGUGUUCUACCGCGCCAUCCAGAGCUGUCCGUGGUCGAAGGAUGUCUUCAUGGAGGCCUUUGUCACACUGGAACGGGACAUGGACUCGGCGGAGUUGAGAUCGGUUUACAACAUGCUCUGCGAGAAGGGGCUGCGAGUCCACGUGGAGAUGGAGGAGUUUGUGGAAAAGUGGCGGAGGGACCUGAAGGAGAAGGGCAGUGGAAGAUGA